GCACGAGUCAGGUCCACCUGAGCCCCUACCUAGGAGAUUGUAUAAAAGAGCAAUCGGAGAUUAGCAACAUUAGACCUCUCCAGAAGAGACCAAGAGUGACCAUGCUUCUUGUCCCAGCUGUUCUCCUUAUUGUCCUAAUAUGUCUGGUCUGGACAAUAUGGUUAAAAGGAAAACCUAAGGACCAUCCACAUCUGCCACCAGGUCCUCGUCCAUUUCCAGUGGUUGGUAACAUUCUGCAAGUAAACCCUCGGGAGCUCUUACACUCACUCGAAAAGCUCCGGGAAAAACAUGGUCCAAUAUUCACAGUAUAUUUAGGUUCUAAGCCAAUUGUGAUGCUUUGUGGAUAUGAUGUGGUAAAAGAGGCCUUAAUAGACAACAAGGAUGUAUUCAGUGGAAGAGGGAGGAUGCCACUGUCUGAAUUUGUGGUAAAGGGAUACGGAAUCACAAACAGCAAUGGAGAGCGCUGGAAGGAAAUGAGACGUUUUGCCCUUGCCACCCUUAGAAAUUUUGGGAUGGGCAAGAGGAGCAUUGAAGAGAGAAUUCAGGAGGAGGCUCAGUUUCUUGUGGAGAAUGUCAGCAAAACUGAAGGGAAAAUGUUUGACCCUACUUUUAUCCUCAGCUCUGCAGUAUCCAACAUUAUCUGCUCUAUUGUUUUCGGGAAGAGGUUUAGUUACACAGAUGAACAUUUUCUGUCUCUUCUCAAAAAUAUAAAUGGGGCUCUUCAAUUUAUGACUUCUGCAUGGGGUUUGAUCUUCUACUACCUUCAGGGGCCUCUGAGAUAUAUUCCUGGUCCUCACAAGAAAGGUAUUAAGAAUCUAAUCAACCUCAAAGCAUUCAUUCAAGAUAACAUUGAUGAGAGUGUGAACACACUCAACCCUAAUUCUCCACGGCACUUUAUUGAUAGCUUUCUGAUUAAGAUGCAAGAGGAUAAACAAAAUCCAGCCUCAGAAUUCCAUAAUGAGAAUCUUAUCGGAUCUACCAUGAACUUGUUCUUUGCUGGGACGGAAACUACUAGUACCACCCUUCGAUAUGGCUUCCUUGCUCUACUAAAAUAUCCUCACAUUCAAGCAAAAAUCCAGGAUGAAAUUAACCAUGUGAUAGGAGAUCAUCAUCCAUCAGCAGAAGAUCGAACCAAAAUGCCUUACACUGAAGCUGUGAUCUGUGAGAUCCAACGGUUCAGUGAUAUUGUUCCCACAGGGGUUCCCCGAUCUACAAUUGAGGAUGUCUCAUUUCGAGGUUACACUAUCCCAAAGGGCACAGAUGUGAUGCCAUUAUUGACCACUGUACUGAAGGACCCUGAACAAUUUCCACAGCCAGAGCUCUUCUCUCCGGAUCGGUUUCUGGAUGAUAAUGGGGCAGUAAAGAAACAUGCAGCACUUUUGCCAUUCUCUGCAGGAAGACGAAUGUGUCCAGGAGAAAGCUUAGCUCGUAUGGAACUCUUCCUAUUCCUGACCACACUCUUACAGAAGUUCACCCUGACCACAGUGGUGCCUACAGACGACAUAGACUUACGUCCUGAGUUUAGCAGCACAGGCCACCUGCCUCGUUACUACAAGAUGUCUGCAGUUCCUCGUCACUAACAUUUUACCUCUGUUUUACACUUUUCAUAUUAUUAUUGUAUGAGCUUAAUUAAAAUAACUUUACUAUAUUUAUUAUAAAAGAAUAUUUAAUUAGCUGUUAUAAGCCUUUGUCCAUCCAUCAGUUAACAUUAAAAGGCGUUUUAUCACCAUUAGAGAUAGGGUUAUCUCUUUUUGAUUGAUGGGUGUUUCUGAAUUGACGGGAGCCCCAUACAAAAGCAGGCUCUCUUCGUGCCAUGUAUAGUGUUUUUGAAUGAACUCCCCCCCCCCCCCCGGCAAUCUUUUAUAUAAGAAACCAAUGUGUAAGUUGUGUGUAUUAGAUUUACUACCCUCCAUUGGGAACCAAUUUAUUUAUUAUGUGCAAAUAGAAUUUGUAAAAAAAAAUAUAAAUUGUUUUUGCUGAAA